GGGAAGGUACACGGAGGGGCCAGGUGGAGGGCACCCCAGGAGGAAGGGAAGGCCAGCGGCUGACCUAGGAUCUCAGAGGUUCAGAGGUCGCCAAGCCGGCCCUGCCCCACCCCUUCUCUUCCCGCAGCCUGCUAUGGGGGCGGCGUCCCUGCUGCUGUGCCUGUCCGUGGCCCUCCCGCUGCUUCUGGGCGCAGAUGAAUGCCAGGUCAUUCGUGUGCUAACCGAGGCAUCUUCAACAAAGCAGCCUUUUGCCUUUAAUUGCACAUCCCCUCUGCUCACUUCUGGGAAAGCACGAGUAACCUGGUACAGACGCCUUAGCAAAGUCCCAGUCUCCACCGACUCGCAGGCUAGGAUCCACCAGGAGCAGAGCUGGCUCGUGUUCCUGCCCGUGGCCUGGGGGGACUCGGGGACCUACCGGUGCAUUGUAAAUGAUACAGACAUGUGUCGCCAAGUACAUGUAAACCUAACUGUGUUUGAAAAAUAUGAGUGCGGCAUGUCCAGAAACAGUCAAAUGAAUUUCCCAGAUGGGCACGAACAAAUACUGCAUGUUGGGAAAAACGACAGCCUGACAUGUCACCUGAAUUUCCCGAAGAGUUGUGUUUUGGAUUCAGUAAAAUGGUAUAAGUUGCUUAGAAAGAGAUGCAGAAGUAGCCCUCGGUGGGUGUGGGUUUUGGAGUGUGGCUCACCCACUUCUGAAGCCCAGUCUGCCUUCUCAGGAACCAGUGUCCACUUCCCCUCGUGGCUCCCCAGGCUCUGCUCCUCAGGCCUCGGCCUCCACCGCAGCCUCACAGCCCCUCCUGGCACCAGUGGGACCGGUCGGGGCUUCCCAGGAGGACUCUGGCCUGACCUGCCCCUGCUGAGCGCGUGGCCGUACCCGGAGACGAACCCAGAGCUCCAUGAUUGGUCCUACGUGGGCAUCAACCUUUAUCCUACGGAUCUUUUUAACAAGCAGAUGCUCGGCCUCUUUCUCUGCUACGAAGCAGAUUAUGCACGAGGGAGACUCAGAGGGAGCUAUGCCUGCGAAGCCAGCCUGACACAUGCAGGGAGGCAGUUCACUGUGUCCCGGAGAAUUGCAGUGAAUGUCACAGAAAAUGUUGGAUAUGAAGGAAGAAUCCCUAAAAUAACAUAUCCAAUAAACAAUACAAUUGAAGCACAACUUGGCUCCACCCUUACUGUGAACUGCACCAUCACAGACUCCAGGGACAACACCAACCUGCGCUGCUGGAGAGUCGGCAGCACUUGGGUGGACGUGUACUACCAAGAGUCCAAGCGGGUCCAAGAAGGAAACGAAACCCACGUUGCUUUUAAGGAACAUGCUGUUUACACAGUUGGCAUAACCUUUUUAGAAGUGAAAAUGGAAGAUUACGGCCAUCCCUUCACAUGCCAUGCUGGUGUGUCUGCAGCAUACUUCAUGCUAAAGCCCCCAGCGCCAGAUGGGCGAGCGUACCUGAUCGGCGGGCUGCUGGCCAUCACGGGCGCCGCUGCGCUUGUCCUGUGUGUGUCCAGCAGGUUUAGGAUCGACAUUGUGCUUUGGUAUCGAAGUGCCUUCCACUCUGCCGGGACCAUAGCAGAUGGGAAGCUGUAUGAUGCAUACGUCUUGUACCCCAAGCCUCCCCGCGACUGCCGGAGCUCUGAUGUGGACACGCUGGUUCUGAGGGCUCUGCCCGAGGUGCUGGAGAGGCAGUGUGGAUAUAAGCUAUUUAUAUUUGGCAGGGAUGAGUUUCCUGGACAAGUCUACAACGCUCUCAUCCAGGAUGGGAUGAAGGCCAUUCUGAUUGAGGUGGAGAAAGUCGAGAGCUAUGCAUCCAUGCCAGAGUCGAUCCAGUAUCUCAGACAGAAGCACGGGUCCGUCCAGUGGAGCAGGGACUUCACAGCACAGUCACCGUGUGCAAAGGCCAGGUUCUGGAAAAAAGUGAGAUACCUCAUGCCACCCAAAAGGUUUCCACCACCUUCUCCGGCCAGCUGCUGAAGCUCAUGCCCUGUGACCUCACAGCUGGCAACAGCUGGCAAGCGGGAGGCCACCUGGGAGGUCUCUACCCCAUGAUGGAGAGUUUGCCCUCGGAAGUGGCUCACAGUUGGACAAGGUGCACUGCAUUCAGGCCGCCUGCGUGGAGUCUGUCAUUGGUACUUGUGAGAGAGAGGCUGCGUUUAUUUUUGUGUUUUGUUUUUGUUUUAAGAAUAUGUUUUUAUUGACUUCAGAGAGG